AUGAGCAUUUACAGGUAAUCGCGAGCCGCGCGCAGUCCGAGUCGUCUUCGAUCGCUCUCGCGCUCUCCCUGGACGGCCCCCGUCUCCAGCGGGCGCCGCCUCACUUCCGCCCCAAGCCUAAAGGUUCCUUUUACAUCCCUUCGAACCUACCGCUCUCCUUGGACCCCUCCGUUCGAACCCGCCGUUUGCAGACCCUGAGCAUCUCAUCAACUGCUGAUUCAUUGAUUGACCGAUUUUCUGAACAAAUCAAAAUGGUGCCAAAUGAGGUUUUCCAAAAGCUUCUGUACGAUCUGUUCUGCAUGUGGCACGGUGUCCAGAGACACUACGAUCCACCGAUUCCGGACAGUGAGGAGCAACGAAUGCAGAAGGUCAGUGUGUAUUCUUGCGUCAUUUAGGCGGGCGACGUCAUCUUGCGUGUCUAGAAACAGUGCGCAAGAGGUGAGACGAGCAAAGAGCACACACCUUGUAGUGUCGUAGCGGGGAGAGUAGGAGACGGAGAGGAGCAUAGAUCACGCGUAAGGUCACAGAGUGACAGGAGACAAUAAAUGUGGCAUGUGGCCAGGGUAGGGUUACUGUAGGAGGGGUACUGUAUGACAUCGCAAAGAUUAUGAUAAAGAGCUUAGAGAGAUGAUAACCAUCUUUACUGUCAUUCAGGCGAUUCUUAUAAAAUGAUCGAUUCCAGGUGAAAAAUCUAAUCUGCAAGCUUCUGACUGAAAUUGAUGGCCGCGUCAAUCGUAUCAAGCAGAACAACAAUCACCAGCGCGGACAGGAUUUCUACGAGGAAUGGACGAUGCUCACGUGGAAUGUGCUGUGCAUUACGAGCCGCCUUCAGAACAGUCUGUCCCAAGUGCUCGUUUCCAACGAGGACAAGAUGAUCUACUCCCGGCUGAACCAAGCCCUCGUCGAGCUUGUCAACUACUCGAGAGACUUCCUUCCGUUCCCUUCGAGCAAUGAAAUGGAUCCGGAGUACGUGAUGCUGAGGGACAAGAUGAACCAGACGAUGAUGAGUUUGCACGGACUCUACCGCCAGAUGAACUCGACCAUGUACCAGACUCCAAACGAUGUGGAGCACUUCCGUCUGCAUCUGCAGACAUUCGGAGACGACAUUCUCGUGCCGUGUCUGGAGCAGUACAAGACGUUCUGCAACAAGAACUGCAUGGCUCUCUGGCAGCACGUCCGUUCGGUCCAGAUCGAGAGGAUGAGGGAUCAGGUCAAGGGACACGACUCUUCCAUCGAAAACCUCGUCACCUUCUACUCCAACAUGACCUACGUGCUGGCAGUUCUCGGUGCUCGUCUCCAGGGAUUCCGUUACGAUCUGACAGUCAACAAGAAGUUGUUCAACUUCGAUCCUGUUAUCCACAUGUCUGAGGCCGUAUUCGCUGCUCUUGAACUGCUUAUGUCCAACUGUGUUCUGGCGACGGAGCCGUCCACCAGUGCUAUUUUGGUCACCAACAAUCUUUUUGCGUAAGUCUUAUCUAUGAUCGUUUCCCAUUUUUAUGGCCGAACUUUCAGAAUGAAUUGCGGAGCUCUGGCACGUGGUGUGGUGUUCAAAGACUUUGAAAUUCAAGUAGUCUCUGAAGAGACGGCAGAGCACAUCCAAUCGGAAAUGUCCCGCCAGAGACUCCUCCAACAUCCUGCUCCGAUUGGGGGCGUUCCUUCUGCUGCUCUUCUCGCAAUGAAACCGACGACCGGAACGAAGCGGAGCAACGCGGCGAGCAAUGCGGAUUCGGCCAACAACACAGCUCACAAGAAGAGCGAUGUGAACAGCAAAGAGAGUGUGAUCAUCUACCCGGUCUACAACAGCAAGAACCGUUACUGGGCUGCCACAUACCCUCAUCUUCUGUGCACAACAAGACAGAAAGGUAGACAGUCAAUUCACAAUUCGUACCAGGAUCUGUCUCCAGCCGGAGUCAACUCUACUUCGAACAACGACAAGCAAGGGAGCGGAAAACGGCCGAUCUUCUACUUCCACAUCAAAGCAACAAUGUUCUCUCCUUCGGGAAGAUUCGCCACUGCUCACACUCUCUCCCUUCCGUUCACCAUCGCGACCAGGAGGAAUCAGGACUGUCAGGUGCAGAGAAUGAUGUCUUCUUACACUGCAACCAUCUUCUGGCUCUACGGAUACAACAGUCAAGACGGUCUUCUUCUCCAGUGGAUUGACGGAGGAAUGCACUGGGACCAUUUCAAGCAUCUGUUCAAGCAGCACUUCAAAGUGAACGCAGAUGUGCAGAGGAGUCUGAUCGACAACGAUUUCGAACUUCUCAAAUACAAACUGCAAUGUCCUGACUGUUGUUCGGGCCAGGACGGUGCGAGAGUGAACGGAGUACAGCGUAAGUUUCAGAGUGAACCUGUGCUAAUCAGAAUUGACAUUUCUUUCAGAGAUCGUCACAUUCAAGAAUGUUCUCUGCCCUCACCUCCGUUAUGAAUGCAACAGCACGAAUGUCCGUUUCUCUGUGUGGCGUGGAAUGCUGGAACUUCUCCAAAUAUUCCAUGACACCCGGAACAAUGUUCGCAAAUUGUGGGAAAUGGGAUUCCUGAUGGGAUUCCUCGAGUUCGAAGAGGUGGACAGUCUGUUGGAGAAGCACAAGUCUGCGCUUAUCAUGCGUCUUUCGUUUGUCACUGGAGGUGAGUAAAGAGGCCGAAAUGUCACGGAAAUUGCCGUCUUUUCGGGGGAGAAACGCGGUCGUCCGAUGACCGACAGGGCGUCGGAAUUCGUGACGAUCAUCACGAUUACAAAGUUCAGGUUCUCAGACAAAGUGAUCUGAUUGCAGGAACCAUUUGUUUCACCGUCAAAUCACUCGCUCACACUUUGGACCCUCGUGCGACUCGCCCGAUCCACUUGGAGCCUCUGGACCUGAAAAGACUCCAGCAGAAAUGUCUGAAAGAUUAUCUGAGAGACAUUGCGGACGCGGAAAAGGUGAAGUAUAUUCUGACGGCCAACCAGGAAGUGCUGAGAAUUGAUGAGAUGCUCGAGACGAUCAAAGAGCUCGGAGUGAAGCCGGAGAGUCCAUCGGAGAGCAGGGACAUCUCGAGUAACAUCACGCACAUGGGCGACAUCGACACCAUGCAGCACAUCAAGUUCACUGCGAUGCGGAUUGCGGUGGUCACUUGCAAAGUGAAGCCUCCGUCGGCUGAUCAGGAAGAAAACGAUGCAAAGUGAGUUGCUUCCGCCCUUCACCAAAUUACUCCAUAUUUCCAGAGGUCUCAGUCGUCUGACAGCCACAUUCGGAACGCGAGAUGACGAAUUCCUCCGCGAGCUCGUGCAGCUUGCAAACUCGUACGGAAAGAGCAAGCAAGAGCUCAUGGAGACGCUCGACUACGUCCACGACCCGUUUCAGCCAGGCCCGAUCCGAAAGGCUUCCUCCAUCUAUGAGGGACCGCACACCCUGCCGCUGGCUCCCGCCCCCAUCACGCGCCAAUCCAUCAACAUGGCGCCCACUUUGAUCUCGCCCCCUCCGGCCAAGGUACGUGCUCCCUCCGCGCGCACGUCCUCUUCUUACCGAACCUCGCCAUUUGAGUUGGUCCGCACCGAGUUCGAGCUGCAGCCGUCGAACGCGAUGAUGCGAGUGAGCUGCUCGCCGCCGAAGGUACCUCCUUUGGUGCACUCCUUGUUCCCGUCGAUCCAUGCUUCCCAACUGACCGACGCAUUUCAGCCCCCAUCCCAGUUGCCGUCGCCCAAUCAGACGACCCUCCCCCACAUGUACAACGGCGUGCCCAUGAUCUACGAACAGCAGCCUCGUUUCGAGUUCUGA